AUGUCGGAUCAUAAAUUUGAAGUGGAGGUUAACUCCCUUCUUCCAAGCGACUGUGCUCUCUAUCUGGUGGAAAAGUUCCUUGGAGAGGGAACUUUUGGGAAAGUAGCAAAAUGCAGGGAUUUGACAACAAACCAAGAAGUUGCUAUUAAAAUCACAAAACCUUCACAUAGAGACUCAGGUUUAUUUGAAUUAAACGCCCUGGCUGAAAUUACCAAGCUCGAUGCAGAUAAAUACUGCUUGAUCAAGUUCCUCGACUGGUUCGAGUACAGAAGCCACAUCUGCAUCGUUUAUGAAAUGUUGGACCAAAGCCUUCAUGACUUCAUGAAUAUUCGCGAACACCGUCCCCUGUUAAUCCAUGAAAUCAGAACCAUUGCUAGGGAGCUGCUAAUUUCCCUGAAAGGCCUGAAAGAAAUCAACAUGGCCCACCGUGACAUUAAACCAGACAACAUCAUGCUGGUGAACCAAGCUUCAGAGCCUUUCAGGGUCAAACUGAUUGACUUUGGCUUGGCUAUAAAUCCUACAGACAUGGAAACUGGAACUUUUAUGCAGAACCUUCGUUAUAGAGCUCCUGAAGUCAUUCUGGGUCUGCCCUUAGAUGAACGUGUGGACAUGUGGACAGUUGGGUACACUCUUGCCUGGCUGUACACGGGAUUUCACAUCCAUUCAGUGGACUCAGAGUACACCGUCAUCAGAUCUUUGACGAUGAGACAAGGAAUGCCUGACCAGAAACUUUUAGACAAUGGGUUGUUCACUGAAAGGUUUUUCACUCUGACUGAGGAUGAAUCCACAUUUGUCUGGAAGCUGGACACACCUGAAGAGCAGAUCAAAAAAACAGGGCAAGAAGUUAAAUUCAGCCGUUGCUGCCUUUCCUAUGAUGAUCUUAAAAAUUUCUACCAAGAUAAGACAAAGAUGAGAGAGGUGAAAAUGUUCAUCAAACUUCUAAGGCAGAUGCUAGAAAUAGACCCAAACAAACGGAUCACUCCAGAGGAAGCUUUGAAACAUUCAUUCUUCACUAUGGAACAGCCCUCUGCUGACUCUGAGAAAAGCAAUUCUCAAGAGUCGACAUCCAAAAAGGGACACCCACAACCGGAAAAGACAACUGUUCCUCAGGAGCCAGCAGCUGCUCCCCAGGAAAAAUCCAGGAGUGAGAUCAAGGAUGACGAGGGUGAAAAAAGCAACACUCAAGCUGGCUCACGAAAGAGAAAACGCAGUGUUGAACAAAGCCAGGAUCCUGAACAGCCAUCACUAACUGAGAAAGCAGUCAAAAAAUCCAGGAUCGAAAUCAAGGAGGACAUCAUUCAACAAGAGGCUGCAAAAAGCACCACUCAAUCUGGCUCACGAAAGAGAAAACGUGGUGUUGAACAGAACCAGGACCACGACCACUGUUUGCAAAGGGAGUCAGCUGUUAAAAAAUCCAGGAUUGAGAGCAAAGAGGACGUCCUCCAACAACAAGAGGCUGCAAAAAGCAACUCUCCUGCUGGCUCACGGAAGAGAAAACGCAGUGUUGAACAGAGCCAGGAUCCUGAACCAAGUCCACAAACUGAGUCACCAAGUAAAAAGAGGAAAACUUGGUAG